UAUGGAGCUUUAUCGAAAGAGACAAACUGAGUGUGUGCCGAAUAAUUUCGCAGGUUCCUGGCAAGCAAUGAGAGGAAACUUCUCAAAGGCUGGUUGGCAAGAGGAGACAUCUACAAUAAAGCCUGUUGGGAAGGCAUGGUAUCAAACAAUGAUCUCAAACAGGUUCCCGGCAAACAGAAUUCGAAAACUUCUCAAAGGCUGGUUGGCAGGAGGAGGCAUCUGCAAUCAAGGCUGUUGGGAAGGCAUGGUACCAAACAAUGAUCUCAGACAAGUUCUUGACAAACAUAAUUCGAACACUUCUCAGAGGCUGGUUGGCAGGUCACAAGAGGGAAAUGAGAAUGUAUGGAAGGGAAAUAGUACAAAAAAUGAUACUUGGAAUUGGGUUCUUCUUUGUAAUUGUUUGGGUGGAGGAAAUUUUAUUACAAUCAGAAUUAGAGUUAAAUGUCUUAGGAAUUAUUGUGUUUCGACACUAUUAUGGAUGAUUUUAAGUUUAAACUUUCAAUUACAUUGAUGUCUUUAAGCUUUCAAUUAUAUUG